AUGUCCGAGCCACGUGAUAUAGAUGCUCGCUUGACGUUCUUAUCCUUAUCGCUUUCGAUAUUCCUAAUCCUGAUUCCUUUCCAUCACAACUCAGCACUGCAAGCUCCAACUAUGGACCCUCACGAGGAUUAUGAGCAAAAGAAUGUCCAUGAGGUCUAUCAGCAUAUUGCUAGUCAUUUCUCUUCAACUCGCUACAAGCUAAUGUUUUUUGGCUUCCCCGCGCUGAAGCCAUGGCCCAUUGUGGAACGAUUUUUGAAGGGACUAUCACCAGGUUCCAUAGGCCUGGAUGUAGGAUGUGGCAAUGGGAAAUAUCUCCAAGUGAAUAAAGAUGUCUUUAUCAUUGCAUCUGAUAGAUCUGAAAACUUGGCUCGGAUUGCAACCCAACAUCAACCACAUUCGACAGUUGUGGCCGACAUUCAUCAUCUUCCGCAUCCAGAUGCGUAUUUUGACUUUGCAAUUUCCAUCGCUGUCAUUCACCAUCUCUCCACUCCAGAGCGGCGUGUUCAGGCUAUCGCCGAGAUCCUGCGAACUAUCAAAGUCGGCUCGGAGACCCAACCAGGGGGCAAAAUCCUCAUAUAUGCCUGGGCACUUGAACAAAAGAGCAGUCGUCGGGGCUGGGACAAAGGGGACCCACAAGAUAUCAUGGUGCCCUGGGUCCGCAGAGUUGCUGGAACAGAGGACCAGUCCGAGACGUUCAACCGCUAUUACCACCUAUUUGAGGAAGGUGAACUGGAGCGCAAUAUUGUUCAAGCUGGUGGUGAAGUUUUGGAGUCAGGAUAUGAGAAGGAUAAUUGGUGGGCCAUUGCGACACCCAAGACCAUUCCAUGA